AUGCGAGGGGAUGAUGCGCAAAGCACUAUUGACGCCUCACAGGGAAAACUACCAGCUUUAGGUUGGAACUCAUGGAAUGCAUUUGAAUGCAAUAUCGAUGCAGUCAAGAUAAUGACAGCAGCAAAUCAUAUGGUCAAUCUUGGACUAAAGGCUGUGGGCUAUGAAUACGUGAACAUCGAUGACUGUUGGAGUGUCAAAUACGCCCGCAACGCGAGCAACAAUCGCAUCAUUCCGAAUCCUACCAGAUUCCCAACCGGUAUCAUCGGAGUUGCUGAAGAAGUGCAUGCACUGGGGCUGAAAAUUGGUCUAUAUAGCAGCGCAGGUGAGUAUACUUGUGCUGGAUAUCCUGCUAGUCUGGGAUAUGAGAAAGUGGAUGCAGAGGCAUUUGCAGAAUGGGGAAUUGACUACCUCAAAUACGAUGACUGCGGAGUGCCCCCAGAGUGGCAAGAUGAAUAUAUCAGCUGUGUACCGGAUAGCGACGAGGAUCCCUCCAGUUGGAAUUUCCCGAAUGGCACUUGUCCUGAUCUAAUGAACCCUGCUCCUAAGGGAUACGACUGGACGAGGUCUAAGACCCACCAGCGUUAUAUUAACAUGCGAGACGCACUGUUGAAUGUUAACCGGACAAUCUUAUAUUCAUUAUGUGACAUGGGCCACGCCAAUGUGAACACCUGGGGAAAUUCGACCGGGAAUUCGUGGCGCAUCACUAACGACAUCCGACCGGAAUGGGUGCGGAUAGCAGAAAUUGCAAACGAAAACACAUUCCUGUUGGACUAUGUCGACUUCUGGGGUCACCCUGACCCUGACAUGUUGGAGGUUGGCAAUGGGAACCUUACACUGGCUGAGAACAGGGCUCACUUUGCUCUGUGGGCAGCUAUGAAGUCCCCUUUGCUAAUUGGAACGCCGCUCGAUACAAUAAAAUAUCACUAUCUGGAAAUUUUGAAGAAUGAAUAUCUACUGGCAUUUCAUCAAGACCCUAUUAUCGGGAGGCCUGCUCUUCCUUACAAAUGGGGUUACAAUCCGGAUUGGACGUUUGAUCCGGCUCAUCCAGCAGAAUACUGGUCUGGGGUGUCAACUACCCUAGAAGCCACUUUGGUGCUCAUGUUGAACUCCGAGGAAGGGCGCUCUUAUCGUACUGCCGUAUGGAGCGAGAUUCCCCAGCUCAAGAGCCAUGAUGCGUAUCAAGUUAUUGAUGCUUGGACUGGUAAGAGUUUGGGAUGUGUACAGAGUCAGUAUAGCGUCCAGCUGACGAGUCACGAUGUGGCGGUUCUGGUGGUGAAGGGGCGGUGUUAA